AUGAGGUCCUCGGGGGAGGAGCCUGCAGCACACAGUUCCUCUUUGAAUCACUCCGGGCCCCUCAUUCUCAAGUUGUGCAGACAGUGCAGCACCGUGGACAGUGUCAAUCUCUGCUUUGCCUUCUUCCCUUGCAGGGACCAGGGUUCAGAAUACAUGACAGAGGCCGACCCUGCACACAGACAGCACAUCCCCAGGCAGAGCCUCCUGCUCACAGCCUCACUUGUAACCUUCUGGAACCCUCCCACCACUGCCCAACUCACUAUGGAAUCUGUGCCAUUCAAUGCUGCUGAAGGGAAGGAUGUUCAACAAUUUUGUCCAAAAUCUGCCAGAGAAUACUCAAGUUAUGUCUGGUACAAAGGAAAAAGGGUAGGUGCUAAUCUUCGCAUUGUAGCAUAUAUAAAAUUCACUCAAAAAAAUACCCCAGAGCCUUCAUACAGCAGUCAAAAGACAUUAUUCCCCAAUAGAUCCCUGCUGUUCCAUAACAUAACCAUUUGGGGACCUUACGAACGUAGAACUCAGAAUCCAGUGAGUGCCAGCCACAGUGAGCCAUUCACCCUCGAUGUAUUCUGUAAGUAA